GGUCACCUACCCGCAGCGGGUGAGUUCUGACAACCCCUCUCUACCGCGGUAGAAAUCUUCGCGCGCUGGAAGCCCGCUCACCAGGGCAGGGGGAUGGCUCAGAAGGAGGACUGGAGCCUGCACGAGGUGCGGGGGCGGGUCGGAGCCUCUCACGGCAUCACUGACCUGGCCCACAAGCUGCACUUCUAUGACCGCUGGGCUCCGGACUAUGACCAGGAUGUGGCCAUCCUGCAGUACAGCGCCCCCCGCCUCGCAGUGGACUGCCUUACCCAAGCCCUAUCAGGCCCACCCCACGCCACCCUGAUCCUGGACGUGGCCUGUGGCACUGGCCUGGUGGCUGCUGAGCUGCAGGCUCGGGGCUUCCUCCAGCUGCAUGGGGUGGAUGGGAGCCCAGGGAUGUUGGAACAGGCCCGGGCCCGUGGCCUUUACCAGCGCCUCAGCCUCUGCACCCUGGGCCAGGAGCCUUUGCCCAGCCCCAAAGGGACCUUUGAUGCAGUGCUAAUGGUGGGUGCCCUCAGUGAUGGCCAGGUGCCCUGCAGUGCGAUACCUGAGCUCCUGCGAGUUACCAAGCCAGGUGGUCUGGUGUGUCUGACCACCAGAACCAACCCAUCCAACCUUCGAUACAAGGAGGAACUGGAGGCCGUCCUGAACAGGCUGGAGCAGGCGAGGGAGUGGGAACGCCUGGUGGCCUGGCCUGUGGACCGUGGGAACUGGCCACCUCUAAGCUCGAGGUGCCUGACACUUCCGACAGUGAUGGCUUCAUCUCCGGCAUCGUCUACCUAUACCGAAAGCAAGAGGUGGCCCAGGUUGAGGAAGUGAGGCCCAGUGCUCAGCCCCUGACUGGUCUCUGACCCGCCACGUGGCCGCAGCCAGGUCUGUCCUUGGGCCCUCUGUACUUCAUCUGUAAAACGGGGCCACUGUGCCAAUCCUGCCCCUCAGGAGAGCUCUGCCUAUUAAAUGAGUCCCAGAAGGGGCGACAGAA